GCACUUCAGGCAGCGGUACCAGGUGGCACUGGUCUUCCUACCCGAGGCGAUCUUCCUGCUGGCGCUCUUCGGCUACCUCGUCUUCAUGAUCUUCUACAAGUGGCUCACGUUCAGUGCUGUCAACUCCCUGCUGGCACCCAGCAUCCUCAUCCACUUCAUCGACAUGUUCCUGUUCACCGAGAACCCCGACAACUACCCGCUGUAUCCGGGACAGGUGACGGUGCAGAACGUCCUGGUCGUCCUGGCUCUGGCCUCCGUGCCUGUCCUGCUCCUGGGCACGCCCGUGUACCUGUGGUGCCAGCACCGCCGCAGGGGGCACCCUCGUCUCGGGCUGGGCCCACCUGGGGACGCCGGGGAGCGCCAGCCGCUGCUGAGCUCACAGGAGCCGGGGAACUCGGUGAACGUGAUGGAGGCCGACGUGGAGCGUGGCGGGCGUGGCCCUGAGCCUGAGUUUGAAUUCUCUGAAGUCUUCAUGCACCAGGCCAUCCACACCAUCGAGUACUGCCUGGGCUGCAUCUCCAACACGGCCUCCUACCUGCGCCUGUGGGCGCUCAGCCUGGCCCACGCACAGCUGUCGGAGGUACUGUGGACCAUGGUGAUGCGGAACGGUUUCCUGCUGCACGUCUACGCGGGUGGGGUGCUGCUGGUGCCCGUCUUUGCCUUCUUCGCCGUGCUGACGGUGGCCAUCCUGCUGGUGAUGGAGGGGCUGUCGGCUUUCCUGCACGCCCUGCGCCUGCACUGGGUGGAAUUCCAGAACAAGUUCUACGUGGGCGCCGGGUACAAGCUGAGCCCCUUUGCCUUCCCCCCCGACAGCUGGGAGUAGGGCCAGCUCGGCACCAGGUGCCCCCCGCCACCCUCACCUCAAGGGGAUGGUGCCCCCUCCCGCCCUGUCCUGGGGCAGGGGGCUCCCUGUGGGUU